UUAACCUUUAGUCUGCAAGCUGUCCCCCGAACGGUCUGAAAACACCAGCUCUGGCUGAGCGAGAAGGUAAUAUCAAUGAAAUGCCAUUUUCAGCCUAUAACGUUUUGUUAUGCUGCACAGCAGGGAAGUUGGAGCGCAUCCUGUUCUCAGGCUAGAUAACACUCGCACUUCCCACUACUGAAUGAGAAGGUGGGAAAUCAAGUGGUGAGAAGACAAAAAGGACAGGCAGCUCCUCUCGAGUGGACACAGGGCAUUUUCCACCUGGCACAUUUCUUAAUGGAACAAAUGUGGAUUCAGCAGGAGUGGCCAGGCAGGCCAUGGCAUUAAGCAGAUUUUUGCUGCUCUGUAUGGUGGCCUCUGAGGUGUUUGAUGCUGAGACCAAACCCAUUGAUUUUGUGUGUAAUAGAGGAGCCAGGAGGUCUCUGAAUAUUGUGGCAGAGAUAGAGAGGGCACUGAGUGACUGUAAUGGCUUCACGACUUUCCCCACACCGGUUCAGCUACCCUGUACCGAGCUUCAUGUUGCAUCCUGGGAAAACAAAUCACACCAGGAGAAGAGAGGAGACAUAGUUGCAUCCUUGAGGCUUCUUAUUGAAAGUGUGAAGGCUGUGAGGGUCCCAACGCAGCCAGGAUGUGCCGUUUCACUGCUGCAGAGACUGGAGAGAAACAUCAACAACUACCUGCUCCUUCUCACACACCUUCAGAUAAGUCAGGGGCCAGUGGUGAGCACAGCACUGUCCUGUGUUCCUCGAAGCACGCAGAGUCUGAGCACAGUCCUACUGAACUACAACCGACUGAUCUCAGGCAAACUGGAGUGGUUCAUGGUUGACCUAGAAGACCGAUGCACUUAUCAGUGAGACAAGAACAACUUCAGCGGACCCAGCAGGGUGAUGAGUUCCACUAAAGCCCAGGACAAUACAAGAAGCAGGAAGAUUCACCGGAGCAAAAUAUCCUAAAGGAUCUGGAUUAUCUCCUCACUUUAGACUCACUCUCUUUAAGAGUAAAAAGUAGAAAUACACCCUUCUCUGCUGGUCAUCAGGAGGAACUACAGCAAGAGAACGAGAGAAAAAUAAAAAAAAAACUGCAAUGAUGACAUUGUAAACAAAUGAAUGUAUUUUAGGUGGGUGGUUUUUUUUUGUUGUUUGUUUUUUGUAUUAUUCUACAUAAAAUCAGAGAUGCUUUAAAUUUCUACAGAAACACAAAACAAGCCCACAGUCUGCCAAAGGGCGGGUAUGUUUGCAUUGUAAAUUGUAUAUAGCCUAUAGGCAGCUUCUUGUCUUCACUGAAUGCAAAAUUCUCAUAAUCAAAAUGACUGUUUCACAUCAAAUGUUGUCAUCCAGCUUGAUCAAAUGGCCAGGACCAAAAAGUCAUCUUGGUUGUUUGGAUUAAUGUUUUGAUGUCAGAAUUGUUUCUCCAUAAUUGGUGGUACAAAAGUAUUGCACAGUGGAUGGAAAGACUAUAGUCUAUGCACGAAAUUGGUUUAUUUUUAAUUUUAUUCUGGUUAGGUUAUUAUGCAAAUACUUCAAGACAGUCCUUGCACAUUAGCUGAAUGAAAAGAAAUCACAGAUACUUAUUAAAUAUACUUACCAAAAAAUAACGGAAAUUGGAAUGUGCUGCCAUACAGUCUUUGAAUGAGUUUAGUGAGUAGACAUAUUCUCAUUGCACCUUUAGAUCUUCUCUCUGUUUACAUUUCAUUUUAAUGUUAUUUCUUUGCUGUAGCUGUGUGCAUGGUACAAUGUUUUUUUUCUUUUAUUCUUACAUUGUCUUUUUUUAAAAUCACAAAAACUAACUUAGUUGUCUUUUUUGUAUUUAUGUGUCUAGCUACUUACCUAGAUUUUGCAUGUAAGAGGUUACUACGUUUUAUAUCGAAAUGAAUACUGUUUAUCAUAAAAACAUUGUUAUAAAAUAUGCAAUAAACUCUGAUUCUUUUCAUUAAAUUACUCAUUUAUAGAU